AUAUGGCUGCUGAAAACGUGCCCAACGUGACUCCUGUCUGAACGAGGCCUAAGGCUUUCAGGUGGUAACGCCGUAUGGCGCCCUGCAUCAAGUAUAUGGCAUCCAAUGGAAAAGCCACCAUUUCUUUCAUACUGACACCACGUGAAGCCAUGAGUAGGCUGCCAAAUCCAGUAGAUUAGGACACGUGUGCUUUUUCUGAUAAAAUUGUCACAAUUUGCCCCAUUUUUGGCAUGUGCUAUAUCGGCAUUGUGCAGUAAGGCUCCAUAAGUCGGUCAGUUGGAUGAAUGACCAAUUAAAGGGGUAUUCCAAUCACUGGGGGCAGCUCGAUGGGAAAGGCUGAAUUCAAGCAGCGGCGGCGUCCUCCCCAGGAUCGAUGGCGGUCCCAGAGGUCGUAAAGAAAUGCCGUGUCUUGAAGACGUGCUCUCGCUUCUUCAGAUGGGGACGGUCAGGAGAGACUGCUUCCGUCACCUCUCCGGCGAUAACCAUGCUCUUUUGUCUCUAGGGCGAUGCACAUGCGCGUGUAGAUGAUGGAGAAGGCGGAAGCCAUUUUGAAUCACACCUUGGAGAUGAUCUCUCUUCUGACUGUAGAGGACUACAUUCUUGUGAAGAGAGAGGCGGACGGGAACAAGUGCACUUACAGCCUCUGCGCUGCGGAGCUUCACAAUGACAUCCUGGACUCCGCAGCGACGCGUCCAGAUCUCUCGUUCACCCUCCUCGAUGUACAGGACCGAAAUCGGAUGAAGAUCCUAGAGCUGGCCAACAAUAUCAUCCGGCUGUUGACCUGUGAGGUGCCCUUAAAGUGUCAGGACGUGGCGGUUUAUUUCUCCAAGGACGAAUGGGAAUAUCUGGAAGGACACAGAGAACAUUAUAACCAUAAGCGAAUGGGUGAAGGCAAAGAACCACUUCCUUUGAACCAUCAGAACAUGGACCAGAGGAGCCCUGUCCAGCACCGUAUCAAAGAGGAACCAGACACUGGAGAAUUUGAGGAAACUCGGCCUGCACAUAGCAUUGGUUGUAUCCCCCCUGGUCAUGUGAAGUCUGAGCCUCGAGACGGCUCCUAUGAGGACACAGCGGACACAAUCCGUACGGAUUCUCCCCAGUUUCAGUCUUCUGUCACAAGUCACAUCUCCGAGGAACCUGAUGCCUCCUAUGACACUCGGCUCUCUGCACUAGAUGAUAACUUCAAUAAUCAGACUAUGAAGUCGGAGAUGAUCUACCAGCUAACAGUCACCAAUAAUAAAAACUGCCGAAAAUCGAAGUGUGGAGGAAGGAUAGCUCCAUGUGACCGGUGCGGGAAACGAUUUGGCAACAAGGCAUCUCUCAGUCGACACAUGAAAAUUCACACGGGGGAAAGACCGUAUUCAUGUAACGUUUGCGGGAAAAGUUUCACCUGCAGGAAUCAUGUGGUAACCCACCAGCGGAUCCACACCGGGGAGAGACCAUACACCUGUGAAGAGUGUGGCCGGAAGUUCACAAACCAUAAUCAUCUUGUGCUCCACAAGGUGGUCCACACCAAAGAGAAGCCAUUUACUUGUCCCGUUUGCGGGAAAGGCUUCACUAGGCAAUCAAGUGUCGUCAAGCACUCGGGCAUCCAUGCAGAGACUAAGCCGCACGUGUGUAAGGAGUGUGGCAAGAGCUACUGCCAGUACGCCAACCUGGUGGUCCACCAACGACUGCACUCUGGGGAGACACCUUUUAUUUGCAGACAUUGCGAGAAAGGGUUUAUUCUUAAAGCUGCUAUGCUAAGACAUGAAUUGUCACACACUGGAGAGAAGCCGUUCGCAUGUCCCCAGUGUGAUAAAUGUUUCUUUGACAACUCUUCUCUCAAUAAGCACAAGCGUAGGGUCCACCCCAACGAGUCUGAGAAAUCCUAGUAGACUAGGUAGAAUCUAACGUAGCGGUUGGGUUGGAGAAGACGUGUGGCCUCAACAUGGCAUUGAGCCUAGAAGAGGAAAAACGAGGAGAGAGAGGAUGACCUAAUGAUGCGUUUCAUCAGUAGACUAGAACGUCUUGAGAACAUCUGGUUACAGAGAAUAUGAACAGCUUUAUGUGUCUUCGUCUACAACAGUGGUGGUUCUCAGGUAGUUUAAAGGCCAAAUCUUGUUUGGCUGAAUGGUGACAUGACAAUCCUUGUAUCCACGGUCUGGGGGUGCAUAAAACCUUCUGAUUGAGUUUCACUCAUGGUCUUGGAUGGGUCUCCAGAAGGGAACCACUUCUCUAAAAUGCCUCUAUCAAUCACUGCUCUACAGAUUUCUUUCCAAUGUUAAUCACUAUUUCUGUUACAAGGGUAUAAAAUAAAAUUCAGCUCAAUGAAUUUGUGUUGGAAUGAGUGUUGUGCUGGGCCAUGGGGACUCAACAAGUCUGCACGCUCGAGUCUGGUGUCAGAUGAAGGGCUGAGGUUUGCAAAUUUCUGACACCAUUUACAUCCAGAUGCAUUAUAAUUUUGUGGGAAAACCAGACACCAAAAUUAAUUCAGACCUCGCAGAA